AUGGCCAUCCCUUUCAUCGGUCGACUAAAUAUACGUGACCUGGAACUGAUGGCAUUGCGCAGCAUUGAAUAUUUGGCUUUGGUAGGGUCGUUUCUCCUGGUCGGACUCGAAGCUAUCAUCCGCGUCUUGACUCUGGCUCUACCUUCGCCACUCAUCCAUCUCUUCUAUAGAGCUUCCCGUCGUCUCUUCCACCGGUUCUCCGCCCCGGCGAACAAGCGCGUAGAGCAGCCAAUCUCGACGUCCGUGAGAGACGCCUCUGACUUUGUCGACCUCUGCCACCUGUAUGGUUACGAAGCCGAGGAGCACGUCCUUCAGACCAAAGAUGGAUAUCUUCUUGGCCUACACCGCCUGGCCUGGAAAAAAGGAGAGGAGGGGCAGAAGGUCAACAGUGGUCCCGGAAGCUUGAAGAAGAAGGUCGUGUAUCUUCACCAUGGUCUACUGAUGAACUCGGAAGUCUGGGUCUGCUUGACAAGCGAACAGCGAUGUCUUCCUUUUGUGCUCGCUGAGCAGGGCUACGAUGUUUGGCUUGGUAACAACCGUGGCAACAAGUAUUCCAAGAAGUCGGUACAUCACUCGCCCAAGUCGCCUGAAUUCUGGAACUUCUCCAUCGACGAGUUCGCUUUUCAUGAUAUCCCAGACAGCAUCGCUUACAUCCUCGGGACGACGGAGCAGGAGAGCUUGUCAUACAUUGGCUUCUCACAAGGGACUGCGCAGGCCUUUGCCACCCUUGCAAUCCACCCAAAGCUUAACCAGCAGGUCAAUGUGUUCAUCGCUUUGGCACCGGCCAUGUCACCUGCCGGCCUUUCUAAUGGAAUCGUCGACGCCUUGAUCAAGGCCUCGCCUCAGGUUUUGUUCCUCCUCUUCGGUCGUCGAUCUAUUCUCAGCUCAGCCACCAUGUGGCAGUCCAUUCUCUACCCUCCCAUCUUUGUUAGAUUCAUUGAUAUGGGUCUUUCCUUUUUGUUCAACUGGCAGACGAAAAACAUAACUCUCAGUCAAAAAUUCGCCGCAUACCCGCACCUCUACUCUUUCACCAGUACGAAGAGUGUGGUUCACUGGUUUCAGAUCAUUCGGAACAAGUCUUUCCAGAUGUACGACGACGACGUCCACCCCCCUGUCUCGAUUAGUUCCUCGAGCAAGUACACCAAGGUCGCCAAGUAUCCCACGCGAAACAUCAAGACGCCCAUCGUCCUUGUGUACGGCGGCAGCGACUCGUUGGUCGAUAUCAAGGUCAUGAUCAAGGAACUCCCACCGCAGACUGUAGCUACCGAGAUCCCUCAUUACGAACACCUUGACUUCCUGUGGGGCCGCGAUGUUGAUGCCCAAGUCUUUCCUCACGUCUUUGAUGCCCUCGACAGUUUCACGGAUGCUCUGCAUACCAAAGAGGAGUACGACCGGUACCAGCUCGCGAGACAGGAAAGUCUCCUGGGCUCUGGGAACGCUUAUACUAAGCACGCAUACAAGGAAAGCGAUGUGUCUGCUAGUGAUACCUCAAACACUGCGGACGAGGGACAAAAUGGCAACGGUCUCGACACGUCCUCCCCACAGAACAAGACUCGAGACCGCCCCUCGGCAAUCCCAUCACCCCAUCACACCACCAGGAUGCGGACCCCUUACUCCCAGGUUGUGAACGAAGACGGAUCACCGUCGCCAUCCCCGGAUAGACCCAGCAGCCGUGCAGCUGAGGGGGAAGAGAGGCCCGACAGCCCACUGGACAUGCGUGAUUCGCCGACAGCCAAGCUUAAAGGUAUCGGCGUCCGACGAGGAAGUGGAGGAAGCCAUCUCAGUCUGGACAGCAUGCGCGAGGGUCGAGGGAUAAGUCUUGGCACGAGCAAGGCUCUAGGAGGUGUAGUCACUAAGAGCCCGAUCGAUGCUAAGGGGCUAGGAAACGCCAAGGCAGACGAAAACAAGAGUGGAAAGAAGAAGAAGCGUGUGACAGUUGCGCCGUAG